AUGGCUGGUACACACAAAGUCAAGUUGUGCAUGGUUGGCAAGCACAAGAAGCCGCGCUGUUUUAAGAACGUGAAUUACCUGCCUGUCGAUUAUCGUAACCAACGAAGUGCCUGGAUGACAGCUGAAAUUUUCCUUGACUGGUUCAAGCAUUGCUUUGUGCCAUCUGUCAAGGAAAAUCUGAAGAAAAAUGGUCUCCCAGAGGACAGUAAGGAAUGGGUGGACGUGGACGAAAAUCAGGCCAUAACAUUCACUCUCACAGAUGAGGAACUUAUCAACGCUGUAGUAGAUCAUUUAGAGAAAAUUAGUGAUGAUAGUGAUGAUGAUGAUGAUGAUAAUGAGCCUAAAGUAACUUGGGAACAGGUUGCAAAACACAUAGCUGGCUUUGUCAGGAACCUUGAUGCAAACAAACAAGGUUCGGUGCUCAGGGCAAAUCCCUAG